GUGAAAUCUACAGAGCGCAAGAGGAAACAAAGUUGUGUAAAACAGCUUUUCAACUCAAAGCUAGUCUGUGCUACUAAAGUUACUCUGCGGCCUAUAAACAAAGCCAACGUUACAUUAAUAAGAGCACGUUUCUUCCCAUUAAGAAAGACGCUGCAGCUUCCAGUCCGUCACAUACAUACAUUUAAAACGACAAAAAAAAAGGCUGCGUUUGUUUGUCUCAUCUAAACUCUCUGGCUAAUGAUAUACCUUUUGUUUGUUUCUUUUGUUUGUUUGUUUUUUUCAAAAGUCCACGUUUCUGUGUUUUUGUCGCGCGCACUCUCGACGCUCGGGAACGUAAAAACGUGUUGACGUUUUUAGCACCGCAGUGAUGACGUAGGCAGCGCAGUUUCCCUCUAAUGGCUCGCGCACGGGCAGAGACACAGAGCGGAGGAGGGAGGAAGUCCUCCGGAGACCGACCCAAAGUCUUGGACUAACCUAACUCCCGAUGUACAUGAGAUAUUUUUCCAGGCUAUUGUCAGCUAUGGCUGGACCCAGGCCUGUGGUGCUUAGCGGCCCGUCCGGGGCAGGGAAGAGCACUCUGCUGAAGAAGCUCAUGAAAGAAUACGACAGUGUCUUUGGCUUCAGCGUCUCCCAUACAACGAGAAAUCCCCGACCUGGAGAAGAAAAUGGCAAAGACUACCAUUAUGUUACACGGGAGGUGAUGCAGAGAGGGAUUGACAAAGGCGAUUUCAUUGAGAAUGCAGAGUUUUCCGGGAACAUGUACGGGACGAGUAAAGCUGCUGUGCAAGACGUCCAGGCCAAGAACCUCAUCUGUAUACUUGACAUCGACAUGCAGGGUGUGAGGAACAUCAAAACAACAGACCUCAAUCCCAUCUACAUCUCUAUCCAGCCGCCAUCCAUGGCAAUCCUGGAAAAACGUUUAAGAGACAGAAAAACAGAGUCAGAGGAGAACCUCCAGAAGCGUUUAAAUGCAGCCAAGGUGGAAAUUGCGUUUAGUAGAGAGCCUGGUGUAUUUGAUGCCAUAAUUGUCAAUGAUAAUUUGGAGGAUGCCUAUGGGAAGUUAAAAGAAGCUCUUCUUGAGGAAAUCAAUAAGGUCAAGAAAAUCAACAUUUCUUCGUAGGAGACAGCAGCACCUCUUUUCUUUUUUUUUAGUCGUGUCCAGCCACUCCUCACCAAAAGCACAGACCUCCAUUCCAGUCGUGAACAUUCCCUCAGAUGGCGGUCUGUGAACCUCAGACAUCCCUUAGCGGAUACAUAUAUACGUAGGUUUUACACGGUGUUUAGAAGUAGUUAUUACCAAAUGUUAACAUGCUGUAAAGUGGAACAUUUUUUUUACUGACAGGAAGCAGUUUCCAUAUUUUUUUAUUUUCAAUUGUAUGAAGAACAAUAUACUCCAAUAAUGCUUACUUGAUAUGUGACUGGCAUGGUGUGCAGGGGUGUUCUGUUACUGAACACAGAUACACCGCUCGCAGCUUUGUCCUCUCACCAGCCUGGACUAAUACAAAUCGGAAGUAACAUAACUCAUUCCAUCGUGUGGAUAAACUGGUCUUUCAAGUGUGUGACAAAGCAUUUUUCUGCAUAUCAUUGUUAAAGGCAACGAGUUAUGAUAUUCUUAUUGCCUUUUUUUUGUUGUGCAACCAGUCACACUGUGUUGAUGGCGAAAUCCAUUUACAGAGACCGUGAAAUGUACUGAUGACAGACAUAGUAAGUCUGAUGUCAGCACCACUGCACACGUUUAGCUCAGGAGGGAAACCUCAUCAGCACUACAACUGAUUUCUAGAUAACAUGGCGGCUGUUUACUUUCAAAGGGUACAUGCAAGUCAACCAUACUGUUGAUAUAAUAAUAAAACUAUUCCAGUGCUGGUAAAUAUUUUUUUCUUUUUGUAAAUUGCCACAGAAUGUGCUAACUCCAUUAAAGUUUGGUUUGCUGUAUAACUAUAUUUGCUGUUGUGCUCUAGUAGGAUUAAAUCCCAUGAUAGA